AUGCAGAAAAUCAUAGUUUCCCUGGAUUUACAAGACGACGGAUGCAAACAGAAGGUGAUGAAAUCAGUUUCUGGUAUCUCAGGGGUUGAUUUGGUGUCUAUAGAUAUGAAGGACAAGAAAUUAACGGUAAUUGGAGAUGUUGACGCAAUACUUAUCGUCAAAAAACUGAGAAGACAUUGUCAUGUAAGAAUAGAUUUUGUUGGGCCGGCAAAAGAACCAGAAAAGAAGAAAGAAGAACCGAAGAAAAGCAAAAAUCCGCCUGCUAAUCAAAUAGUUGAUCUUGCUUAUAGAGACUAUAAUCCUCAUUUGAAUGCACAUUAUUAUGAUCCUCAUAUGACUAUACAUUACCAGAGUAUUGAAGAAAAUCCUAAUGCCUGUGUUAUUUGUUGA